GGGCUUACAGGGAUCUGACUCCGCAAAAGCUUGAAGACAAUACACCAGCUUUACCCUUAUCGCGCUAGCCUGCAUCGACGCCCGUCCUAGACUUCAAAGAUGACGGUCCUCAAACCUUCCGAAGGGAAAAUACCCCUCAACGUCCCCGGCGCUGGCAAACCCUGCGAGACUUGGUACAAUGUCUUUGGCGAUCUCAGGCACGGCAUUCCGUUGAUAACGCUGCACGGCGGUCCGGGGGCAGCGCAUGAAUACCUGCUUCCCUUUACAGACCUACACCACAAACACGGCACCACCAUCGUCUUCUACGACCAAAUCGGAUGCGGCCGCUCGACCCGUCUGCGCGAAAAAGACGGCAACGAGGAGUUCUGGACGGUGGACCUGUUUAUGCGCGAGCUGGAUGCCGUUGUGGAUUACCUAGGUCUUCGCUCGCGAGGUUUUGAUCUCCUAGGGCAGAGCUGGGGCGGCAUGUUGGGCGGCGUGUAUGCGGCGCGGAAGCCCGUCGGACUGCGAAAAUUGAUUCUGGCGGAUGCGCCCGCUAGCAUUCCGCUCAUGAUGAAGGGUGUGGAUGAUCUGAUGAAGUUGUUGCCAAAGGAUGUCCAGAAAGAUCUGGAAGAGUGCCAUCGUGAUGGAGACUUUGACAGCGAUAAGUACAAGAAUGCGUGUCUUGUGUUUUACAAGCGGCAUCUGUGUCGUUUGGAUCCAUGGCCAAAAGGGGUAGAGAAAGCGCUGGGCCAUUUGGAGGAGGACCCCACCGUGUAUAGGACUAUGUACGGGCCUUCCGAACUCUUCCCCACCGGCCUGCUCAAAGACUGGGAAGGGUUUUCAACCGCGCAGAAGAUCGACUGCGAGACGCUGCUCAUUAACGGCCAUUAUGAUGAGAUCCAGGACGUGGCGAUUCUGCCCUGGUUCCAGCGCAUUCCAAAAGUGAAGUGGGUCCAGCUCGCCGAGUCUAGCCACAUGGGGCACUUCGAGGAGCGGGAGCGGUAUAUGCAGGUCGUGGGCGCUUUUCUGGGGAAUUAGCAAGAGCUGAAUUGCUGGAGAGCGGGGAUCGACGAUGUGGAGAAUGAGUGGAGAUAAGCGGUGAGAGGACUGGUGCGGAGAAUUUAUCUAAUACUUUAG